GCCUAUCGACCUCUGUCACCAUAGUAAUCCACUCUGCCCACCCCUGACUUCCUCUUCUCGUUGUACUGUCCAUUUUCCCUCACUGUGUCCGGCUCUGUACAGAUCGAGCAGUCGCAACAUGCAGGUGCCGCCCAACAGGCCCUCGAUAUUAUGCGGUCCCCUAAAGCCAUGAAGGCAACCCACAUCCCCAGGAUGGGUCUGGAUCAGGAGAUCACACGCGUUAUGUGUGAGCUAGAUGAACUUAUAUUCAACGAGGAAACCAAGGCGACCCAGCCCGCCGAAGUGACCGAAAUCAGAGGCAAAAGAAAAGCCUUGACUCAACGAUUGCACGGGAUUGCAAGUAAUCUGGAUAAAGUGGUCGAAAGCUUCAAACCGGUUAAAGAAAAAAUGGACCAGUUGCAACUGAGCGUCACGAAUUGUAGGUCAAAAUAUCUGUGUGAUGUAUCGUGCGUGGUGGUUAUACUGAAUAAGCAGAUUGGUGCGAUCCGGAACAAGUAUCUUGUGUAUUUCCCACAAGGGGCAUUAGCGCUCUCAUGCCGAUGGCUGAUUACACAGAUGUUCCGUGUAGAGCGGGAAACGGAGUACAAGCUAUUAGCACAAUAG